CUACAUCUUUGAUUAUUGAGCUAGACGGUAUAAGCACGCCGCAUGGUGAAAAAGUAAAAAAAAACUUUCUUGCUCUUUUUCCUCUCUCCUCUCCUACUCUCCCCGUCGCCAUCUUUGUAGCGACGGUGUCUCAGCUGCUCCCCCGUGGUGGUGAAAAAUCUAAAUUCCGUCUUUUUCCACUUUCUCCCCGAAAGUUUUUCUGUCUGGCGUAAAGUGUUCGAAGCUUCCAACGCGCGCGCGAGUGUUAUUUUCCCGAUUUUACGGCCCUAGACCCUCCAAUUUGCACUGCCGAAAUUCCCCCACCUCAGCCAACACAACUGCGUACUUCAGCCAGCGCCAGAAACCGCAAACACACACACGAAACACGAAAUCUCGGCGGUCGUACCAAAAAAGGGGUUUCUAUAAAGCAAAGCAUACCGCUCCGGUCGCGUCCUUCAAAGGCGCCCUCGCCCUUGCCAACAAGACUUUGGUCUUUUCGUGUCGUUACUACCUCCACUCCGUAUCUGGAAGAAUAUUUCUUCGGAUUUUUCUUUUGAGAAGUGACCCACCAUGGCAAACUAAAAAGAAAAAAUGAUGUACCAACGCAAGGAACAUCCGUCAGUCGCAAGCAGCGAGAGCCGCCGUCGUCGCCGCCGCCUUACCCCCUCGGGGCAGCAGGACCGUACCGAAACGGUCGCAGAUUUGGGAGUUGUUGUAGUACUGAGAUUUACCGAUGGAGAAGAAUCGCUUUGUGAAUCAGAACGUUGCCAAGGGGCAGCUUUCUGAUGGGAAGAAGAAUCAAGAUGUAUCUACCAAGUGGCCUCGCCAAUCGAAACGACGCAGUGAUCAACCAGAUACCGGUAACCAUCGUAACGGGAACGGUAGCAGCAGUAGUGGCCGAGCUCCGAAUGCCAACAAAAACCGUAAUCCAACCAAUUACAACUAUGACGCUAGGCAACGCGCUGCUAAUCAACGGUCGGCAAAGCCGUCAGAACAGCAGACCGCAUCUGCUGCCGGCCGGUACGAUGAGGAAGAAGAAGAAGAGUUCGAGGUCGGUCGAGCCGCCGGGCUAGGGCUGGGCGGUAAUCCGAACCCGCCGACUCGCGGCGGGGGUGAAUUGCAUUCGGUGUUUUCACCUGGCUCGAAGAAACAAAGCCUGAACCACUUGCUGAACUUCCAUUAUGCGCCACGCGAUCGGGAUCAACCAGCGCGGUUCAGCCGCUCAGGGAACGUUCGCAGGACGCAGUACGCCUCGCAGCACAGUUACAACAAGGAGCAGUUUCUGCAGGCCAACUGCCAGUUCGUGGUACGGGCGGGUGAGGAUUACGGAUUGUUUCAAGCGUCACCCGACCAGCUGGUAGAUUGGGCGAAGAUCGAGCAGAUCCACGUGCUGAGCGCCGAGGAGCCACAGUGUCCGAUAUGUUUGUAUCCACCCGUGGCCGCCAAGAUGACGAAAUGUGGUCAUGUGUACUGUUGGCCGUGCAUCUUGCACUAUCUCGCCCUGUCCGAUAAGGCCUGGCGCAAGUGUCCGAUUUGCUACGAUGCAAUCCAUCUGCCGGACCUACGUUCGGCCGUUUCGAAGCCGUUCCAUGCGUAUGGUACGGGUGAGUACGUGACGUUGCAGCUCAUGAGACGCGAAAAAGGGAGCAUGACGGUCAUCGAAGUAACGGAUGAACCAUCGCUUACUACGACCGAGAACACGAUUCCUCAUUUUGACGCGAAUGGAGGAAACAGCAUCCUGACGAAGUUGCUGUUAACCGAUACGGCGCAGAUUUUGAACAUUAUGGAUCGCGAGAAGGCCGAACUGGAGAAUCAGAUAGUGGCCGAUGGUGGUGUCGAAUCGCCAGAGAACAUGUUCGUCCAACAAGCAUUAGAUCUGCUGGCCGAACGUCGCAAUAUGGUAGUCACGGGCGAACGAAUUGUAUUCGCUGUUCGUAAGCCGAUGACGAUUACGACGACACCGACGACGAUGUCCGCUACUCCAUCGCCAAGCAGUGAGGAUGGUGAUAGUAUCUCGCAGGAUGGUUCAGAAGAUACGAACGGCGGUAUAGGAGUGGGCGACACAAACACGAAAGUCUCUGCAUUGCCGUCAAUCGAUUUCCUGAUUGACGAGGAGAAUAAUUUCUCCGUCAGUGACAUUGAUAUCGUCCCGACGGCACAGUGCGCCGGAAACUAUUACUAUUUCUAUCAAUCGGUCGAUGGCCAGCCGCUGUUUCUGCACUCGAUCAAUAGCCGCAUGCUGCAGACCAUGUACGGUAGUCUUGAGCGUGCUCCGCGUCGCAUCACCGGCCGUGUCUUGCAGAAGGAUGCCUGCUCGAUGGACGAGACACUGCGUCGUCGGUUGAAGUACCUUCAACAUCUGCCCGUCUGCACCCAGUUCGAGGUGGUGGAGCUUGAUUUUGGUUCACCAACUGCUAGCCAUGAUGAAGCUGCUAUCAUUUCGGCCCAAGUGCUGGUAGCGUUCAACGAUGAACUAACCGUAAGACGCCGUAACCGCGAGCGUCGUGAACGGGAGGAGCGAAAGCGCGAGAAGAAGAUUUUUGAAUUCAACGAACGACAGCUCGGUAAGGCGAUGGCACGGUCUGCACGCAUAUCCAUCGAUUCGACCAAACACUUUCCAAUGUGCGGAAGUGUGGAUUCAUAUGAUGCAGCUUCCUCUUUCAUUGGGACCAGCCCUGGUGCAAGAAGCGACAUUUCUAGCUCACCACCGGGAACCAGCGCUCCUGGGCUUUCCUCUUGGUCGAAGAUGGUUGCAACACAACCAGCCUGCAGCAGCAAUCAGCAGCAACAGCGUUGGCCGGCCCUUGGAAGCACAGCCAAUGUGCCAAUUCCAACACAGAAGGUAACACAGGUUACUGGCAGCCGUAUGACCGUAAGCAACGUUAGCACGCGUACCGGGUGGCACCAUCUGCCGGCAUCUGAAGACGAUGAGGAAGAUAACGAGGAUAUGCUGGCCGCACGGGCUCCACAAUUCAACAAUAAUCUGGGUAGCGCAAUCGAGGCGGCUCUUGAGAAAGCAUCCAGCAAGCAGAAACAAAAUAAGAAACCCGGAAACAUCGGGAACAGUCAGCAGCAUCAAGAAUUGCCGACUGCUGCUAAUAAUGGAGGUGGUCGUGCUACAGGAGGUGGCGGUGCCGGUAAACGCAAGAAAGGCAAAAAGAUCUUACUGGUCGCUUCGGGUGUGAAUCUGAAUUAGUAAGCCCCGUUUACUGUUUUAUCGUUUUGAGUGCAAAAAAAGAAAAUGAAUUUUACCUGCGUUAUAAGUUGUGAAAUGCCGCUCGAUCGCUACGUGUACGGUGAUUAUGUUCAGAUACAUGUACUUCUUCUUUCUACCGUGUGGAACUGUGAUCGCGAUCGCGAAAUAAAAUUUCGGACCGCAUCGCAUAUAUACCGUUCCGCAGGUUCGUUCGUGCGCGUUUGGUUUUUUAAUGUUAUAUUCAUGUUUCUACCACAAACAAAGAGAUACAAAAAUGAUAUGUACGCCUAAACAGAAUAAUGAAUACAAAGUAUAUGCUAUCAGCAACGAA